AUGGUACGACCUCGUUCUCAAUUGUGGCACUAUUUCGUUAUUUUCGGGUUAUUUUUGUACAUUUUUUGUUUUACUCAAACUGGUUCCAGUUGGUCACGGAAGUUUCGAGAAAGCCAGGAAACGAAUAAUGAGGGACUCAUAAAGUCUGAAAUACAUAAUGAUGAGUAUUGUGUUGCAUACAACUUUUUGGUUGCUACAGAUUCGUUUCGAGAAGAUGGUCUCGAACCAAUCACUCUGGCUAUACAUGGAACUCCAGAAAUGAUGAAAAUGAUAGAGAAAAAACCAUCGAAUUGGGAUGGUCCUAUAUCUUUGGGAUUAUUUGUUGAUUUCCAUUCAAGACAAGCAUUGGAGUACAUCUCUGAAGUGCAUCGGUGUGACGAAGAAUUUAGAAAGAAGGUGACGAUACAUUUUGCCUUCCGCCUCUCUGCUUUCCAGGACAACUGUCCACUGAUAAAAAUUGCAUCCAAAAAUAGAGAAUGCAAGGAAUUUCUAGUAAACCGGGAGAAGUACAGAAGAGAAGUAGCUGGCUCGUUUCAGUUGUAUCCCAGUAAUCUGAUGAGGAAUGUUGCGAGGCAUGGAGCUAAAUCUGAUAUACAUUUCAUUGCGGAUGUAGAUAUGGUGAUGAGUAAAAAUUUUGCCAAAAAAGUCAAGCCAAUUGCAAAUAAAAUGAUUGAUGGAAAAAAUAAAAAAUUGUUGGUUGUCAGACGUUUCGAAACCAACGAAACCACUAUUCCUACUGACCACAAGCAAUUACAAGCUGCCAUCAAAAACAAAAAAGUAUUUCAAUUUCAUCACAAAUUCUUCUUCAAAGGACACAAAAUCACAAACAUUUCCCAUUGGUUCAAUGUUUCUGAGUCCACGGAUAAAAUAGUGGCAUGGGAAAUUCCUUAUACAAGUAGCUUAUGGGAGGUACAAGUUAUUCUACACCGGAAUGAUUUAUACAACGCUGACUACUUUCCUGCGAGAAUUAAGGUGAUGCAGUCUCUGAUAUACAGUUUAUGCCGUGCAAACUAUACAUUCAAUCUACUUUCGCAUGUUUUUGAUGUACACGAAGGCAUCAAACUAGAUGACACGAUGUACUCAAAAUCUGUGAUCUCUCAUUCAAAAAAAUACGGCCGAAAGAGAGCUUACGAACGAUAUGUCAAAGAGAUCGACAAGUCCUAUCCAUUGACCUUGAAACGAUGUGGGAAGUUCGUGAUGUGA